AUGCUACAUAAUCCAGGAGCAAAGGUACGCAGGAAACCGCUUCAUAAUAGCUUUGAAGAUUUCCGAAAACCUCUCUCCUUCUCCCAAUUCCAAUCUUUGAACCCUCUCGCUACGACAUCGAGUCCAUUAAGGUCAGAACUGGAAGUACUCAUGGAUUGCUUUAUGGAUGAAGAGCCGACUCUUCAUGCCACUAACGCGAGUGUCUUGAAUCUGGCUUACCACGCUUUGAGGAUAAAUAUCGCCGAAUGGAAGAUUUAUUGCCAAGUUAUGGCCCGUUAUCUAUCGUACUACGAGUACUCCCUUCGUAACGUCGAGUCCACUAUCCACGGUGAGCGAGGUGAUAUGGUAGAUCUUCAGAAAUGGCGACGGCGAGCUCUUCAGACACAGCAUAAAAUUCGAUCGACAAGAAACUUCGUGCGCUACUGGUCCGCCCGAGAACAAACUGGCAAAGAAGACAUUUGGUCUCUAAUUGUGAAUGACUUCGACCUGGUAUUCGGCCAGAUUGAACAAUAUGGCCAGUCACUGGAACGUAUGAUCCCAGUGGUUACGUCCAUGGUUCAGCUCUCUGGCUCGCAACGGUCGAUAACAGAAUCGGUCAAUGUGAGGCGAUUGACUUACGUUGCUCUUGUUUUUAUCCCUCUUUCAUGGGUAGCGUCAAUAUUCAGCAUGGCUGAUGAGUAUGCACCGGGGCACUCAAAGUUCUGGGUCUAUUUUGUUGUCUCUAUUCCACUCUGUGUGGUUAUCGUUUCUGGUUCAUAUUUGGUGAAUAUACCUAAUUUUGACUGGUUCAAGUUGAACAAGAAUCGUCCCCGCACAGUUGGAGAAAAAAAACGGCCGCUGAGCAUCUUGUCAGUUAACUAG